AUGGCUGUGUCGAUCCGAAUGGGGCUGCCGCUUUCAGUUGCCCAAAUUAUUGGGGCUGAUACAUGGAAAGGGGGGGCGUUGGUUCAGUUGGAAGACACCUUGACACGUCCAGUUGCUCAAGACAUCAUAGUGAACUAUUCCUGGGUCAAACCGUUUGUUCAGCGGUUCAGGAGCAGCGUGCCGUCAGUGUUUUUUGUGACUGACGUAUUCUUGUUUCUUGACAAGCUCUACCAGUCCAAACUACUCAUUCCCCUAGAGGCUGGGGACUCGAAGCAAAGCGUAGCGGGUUUGGAGGCCAACAAGAUAAAACUCUUAAUAGGAGCGCUUCGAGCCCUUUGGAGAAGCAGUAAGACCGGUGGCCACCCACGCGUCCACGAAUUGAAGGGUUACCUGGAAGCUUCGCCUACGCGUUCCAAGGCUCGACCUCUUGAAGAACUUGCUGAACCUGCUGAACCUGAUGAGCAAGAUGCAGGGGAAGUUGAAGCAGAAGAUGCGGGUGAACAUGGAGAAGCGUCUGGGGAAAGUGAAGGGUCUGGGGAAGAGUCUCAGUCUGGGGAUGAGCGUGAAAAUCAUGAGAGUGAUGAUGGCGAGGUUCCUGAAGGUGAAGUUGAUGAUCAUGCUUCUCAGAAUGGGGAUGGGAAGGCUAGUGAUGGCGUGCUGAGUCAAGCUACCCUUACUCUUGAUGAUUGCCAUGAUGCCGUGGAUGAUGGAAAUGAGUAUGAGAACACUGGUGAUCCACAGUCCCCUGUGCCUAGCCCUACCCCUGGCACCAUCUCUGAUGUCAGCGACGAUGAACCUGAGGGGCCUGAGAGUUGUGAGUUGGUUCGCACUCCGGAGCCGAAAGGUUGGAGGGAGGAACUUUUUACAACACCCCAGUUUGGCAAUUCGGGGCCAAGGAGGAGUGAGAUUGUGGAAAUGGGCCUGGCCCUCAUGGAGCAUCCCCGCCUGGUGGAUUACAUGGACCAUUGCGAAUGGGCCUUUGCGCGCUUUGGGGUGAGGGCAUCUACGUGGUUGUCCACACCUGACUAUUUUCAGCAAUGGGAGGAAAGGUACAAGGAACUUGGUAACAAGGUGCUUGAGAUAUGGGUGUUGAUGUCAAAGAAUUUGACUCGUUGCCUUGUUUGGCAAACUUCUUCCAAUGUUUGCCAAGUGUUUUUGAACCUGCUUGCCUUUCAACCUGCUUGCCUUUCAACCUGCUUGCAGGUGCUCACCCCAAAAGAUUCAGCUGCCUUAUCCCGUUCUUGCGAAGAUGCAGUUGCUGCUGAAGUUGAGUUCAUGGAAGAGCACAAGCGCAAUGAAAAGGCAUCCAAUUUGAAUUUCAUAUUUGUUGAGGGUUUCGUUCUUCAUGGGGUUCAUCUGCAAAAUAUAACCCGGGGAAGGGUAUGCUGGAUAGUUAACUGGAACAUAUUUUCACAAAACAGUUUAACAGGUUAA